UUUUUGUUUUCUACGAAAAUGGCGUCCAGUCAAGGAGGUGUGGGAUCUGUCACGUCUCUACAAAGCCACCACUACUCCAGCGGACCCCCCUGGAGCCCCGGCGUCAGCCAGUGCCAGCAGCAGCAGCAGCAGCAGCAGUACCACACGGCCCGCAGCCUGGACCGGGCUCUGGAGGAUGCCGGGUGCUCGGGGAUACUCAACCUGAGCGGCAGGAGGCUGAGGGAGUACCCGGGGCUGAGCUACGAUCUUACCGAUACCACACAAGCAGAUCUGUCCAAGAAUCGCCUCACAGAAAUCCCCCCAGAGGUGUGUCUGUUCGCCCCCCUGGAGUCGCUCAACCUCUACCACAACUGCAUCAAGUGCGUCCCGGAAGCCAUCAUCAAUCUGCAGAUGCUGACUUAUCUCGACAUCAGCCGAAACCUCCUGUCAGUUUUGCCAAAGUACUUGUUCAGCCUCCCACUCAAAGUUCUGCUGGUGAGCAACAACAAACUCGUGUCCAUCCCUGAGGAGAUCGGCAAGGCCAAAGAGCUGAUGGAACUGGACGUGAGCUGCAAUGAGAUCCAGGUGCUUCCAGCUCAGGUGGGGAGGCUUCAUGCCUUGCGAGAACUCAACAUCAGGAAGAAUUGUCUUCACAUGCUGCCUGAAGAGUUGGCUGACCUGCCCCUCAUCCAACUUGACUUCUCCUGUAAUAAGAUCACAGAGAUUCCUCCCGCUUACAGGAAACUCAGGCAGCUGCAGCACAUCAUCCUAGACAACAACCCUAUGCAGUCUCCACCAGCACAGAUCUGUCUCAAGGGCAAAGUGCACAUAUUCAAGUACCUGAACAUCCAGGCGUGUAGGACGGACAAGAAACCGGACACCCUGGACCUGCCCUCCCUCAGCAAACGCUGCCUUCCACAGCCGCUCACAGACAGCAUGGAGGAUUUUUAUCCCAAUAAGAACCACGGGCCCGACUCUGGAAUUGGAAGUGACAAUGGUGACAAGAGGCUGUCUGCGACUGAGCCGUCAGACGAUGACACGGUCAGCCUGCACUCUCAGCUUUCAGAGACGGCGCGCGCCGACGCGCUCUCUCUCCUCUCUAAAAUGGAUUCUUGCAAAGAUCAGGAUCUCUAUGACUUUAUAGACCCCAACCCGGAGGAGGAUCCUGCUCUGUCAGAGUGUGACGGGCAGCACGGCGCCCACGCGUCGUGUCUCAAGGAGCUGGAGAAAGUUCUUAACAUGUCUCACCAAAGCAAAGAUAAAGACGGUUGGAGAGAGGAAUCCGGCUCCGACAAGGAGCAGCUAGUUGAGGAAGAUGAUGAUGAGCUGAAGGAAGUGCUCGACCUGAGGAAGAUUGCGGUUCAGCUUUUGCAGCAGGAGCAGCAGAACAGGCGACGGUCCUUGAUCUGCAGGGCGGAGAGUCUCAUUCACCGCCGGAGAGUGACCGGCCGCGCCCACAGAUUCCUGAGUCACUCCGGCAGCUCAGGCAGCAAACCGAGGCCUCCUCCUCAGGCAGCUCGCAGUGCCUCUCUGGACGAAGGAAGUAGUGGGGCAUCAGCGCUGAGUGGACAGCCUUCUUCCUCCUGCUCGUUCGACGGUGCCCUGAAGUCGGAUCCGUCGGAUUCGGAUCCAAAGUGGCCCGAGAUCCCACCGGUCCUCAAUCAGAAUGAAGAUCGCAGGAGGAACAAGUACCUGAGAAAAGAUUAUCUGAAGUACAAGUGUCAGAGUGCACGGAAAAACUCCAGCGGGAACGAAGACAGUGAGGAGGGUUCGCGCGGCGCUGAUUUCAGCACCACGCUGACUGUGUUUGGACUGAAGCCAAGAUCAGCCUUCACCAAAGGAAGCCGUCAGGACUUCAGCUCGACGGACCCCAGCUUCACCAUGAGGAGGAAGAUGGAGCACUUGAGAGAGGAAAUCGAACAGAUAGGACUCCUGCGGCAGAACAUUGAAUCCAGGCUGAAGGUGCUGCUCCCAGAAGACGUUGGAGCUGCUCUGAUGGACGGCGUGGUCCUCUGCCAUUUGGCCAAUCACAUUUGUCCCCGGUCCGUGGCCAGCAUCCACGUGCCGUCUCCCGCCGUGCCUAAGCUGAGCAUGGCCAAAUGUCGUAGGAACGUGGAGAACUUCUUGGAUGCCUGUAAGAAGCUGGGUGUAACUCAGGACAAGCUGUGUCUGCCCCAUCACAUCCUGGAGGAGCGCGGCCUGGUGAAGGUGAGCGCCACCGUCCAGGCUCUGCUGGACCUGUCGCCGUCAGCUGUCUGAGGCGUCCAACCUGCCGCCAUCCAGCCCGCCCUCCGGGGGAGGAGGGGGGGGACCCAGUGGCUUGUGGGUCUUCGGGGGUCCUCUGCCUGACUGAAGAAGGAGACCCGAGGGAUCAAAAAAAACACCCGAGUCUCUUUAUAUGAUGUCGGCCGCCUCUGCACCUCCACGGCGUAACCUCUCCCACACGCACCAGUCUCUGUUUUGGUUUCUUUUUUGUAUUUUGAGGUCCGGUCAUCUGGGGCAUCUGCUGUUCAGCACUUGAUUCAUGAGAUAUGUUUGACUGCAGCGAUAUCAUCUCUCUUUCUUUUUGAGGCAGAAGCGUCACGUCUGAAGGCUCAAACUCUGGUGUCGUUGCGCAACAUUUAAAACACUGUACAAAGCGCUGCAAGCCUGCAUGCCACGACCUCUGACCACUGUGAGAACACGUGCCGGGGUUCCUUUACAUUGUACAUGCAAAAAAAAAAAAAAAUGAUUCUGUGAAACUUUUUCUAAAGCUUUUAUACAUUCUUCCCGGUGCCAAUCAUCUGUUGCUGUUUGAGCAUGUUAGAAUAAAGCAGCAACAUCUCGUGAAACAUGUUCAUGCUGAAUGUGUGAGUGGAACAUUCACUCCCUGGCACGCUCUUCUCUCACUGCGAGGUCUCUGUUGCGGUUAAUUAUUUCAGGGAAAUGUAUUUAUUCAUUUUGUUUAAUAUUGACGUGUUUGCUGCGUUGUUGGGUCUUUAAUCCCGACUGCCAGGUCAGGUGUGGCGCAUCUGAACUUUUACCACCCAUGUGCAGUUUACUUCUUUCCCUG